ACGCGACUUCCGAUGGCAAGCCAUCAUCCCAUCCAUCUGAAAUGCAACAUUUGCCUUGCGCCGCUGUCACCAAACCGAAGAUGCAGUGUGAGCUAUGUUGAGAUGCAUAGCUUUGCCAAGCAUGGCUCGAACCAAGCCAUUCCUUCAGGCGCCCACGCCGCAUCGCCUCGACCGCGGCCAGCGAGUCACGAUGAAUCACCAUUUAUCUUGACACAGCGCACCUUUCGCUGAGGGCGCCUGUAUCCUAUCCUCUUCGCGACACACAUCGAUAUAUUGUGACUCCGUAAAGGCCGUCCCACAGCGCCAGACCACGAGAAUGCGCAACCCCAAUGGCUGUCGCGUAUUGCUCCUCCUCCUUCCACCCGGUCUCCUCCUUGCCAUCGCCGCCCUAACCAAUAUCCUCGAGAGCAUAUCCAAGGACAAUUUCGAAGACUACCUUGAUCGCGAUUGGCGCAGCGGUGGUCGCCAACUCAUCCUAUCACGCCCAGGCGGCACCGCCUCGAACGACACCACCGUGACCAUAGACAUCAACAACGUGCCCAUAUACGUCGUAUUGGGGCUAUGCAUACUAGGCUAUGGAGUUGGUCUGCUCAGCGCGGCUGGAAUAUGGCAGUUGAGGAGAACAGAGGGCACCGCGGCACAUGAGAGGAAGUGGACUUGGGUUGUCUUCGUGGUCAAUAUCGUCAUGGUGGGCGCGAGCCUGGGUGGCUUUGGUUAUGCGACCUCAGUCCAAAGCAGCGAGAAGAGCUGGCAGAAUUAUGAAGACGUUGGACAAGAGGACCAGGAGCAUACGAGAGAGACGUGGGCAUGCCAGAUCAGUAAAUUCUAUCCUGAUAGGAAUUGGGCUGGUACUGCUUGCGGGACUACGAAAGCGAUGAGGUUCUUACUGGUACCCAUGGCUGUUGCUGCGCUAUCGAUCUUUCUCAGUCUGUGGGUUCUCGUACGUGCGAGGGGAGGAGUGAAGUGGAUGUUUGGUGGGAAGGGGAGGUAUGCUGGGUUUGCAAAUGUUUAUGAGAUGCGACCACCUGGUCCACCAUCGCCUUAUGCUGGUCCACCAGGGCAGCAAUGGAUUCAGCAGCCAUGGCCGACACAGCAUGGACAACAAUGGGUCGGACAGCCCGUACAACAGCAGUGGGCGCCGCAACCUUAUCAGCCAUGGGGCCCGCAGCAGCCUGUGCAGCAAUGGGGUCCUCAGCCCGGGGCCCAACAGCCCGUUUCUCAAGUACCAAAGUCAGAUGCUGCGGUAGAGCAACGUCCGGUUUUCGGAUGAGGUUGCAAGAAUGCGAAAUCUUAACUCUUACUGCAGCGUUGCAUGGCUUUCCCCUUCACUUAUGAUCUAGACCUGUUUCGCCUUCACCUUGAACCCACCAAAAAGAGCAA